AUGGCGGUGGCCCUGGAUGCAAUCCUCGCUCGGAUCAAAGAUGUUUGUAAAAGGAACGGGCUGCUCAUCCUCUCCGUGUUGUCCGUCACCAUUGGCUGCCUCCUGGGAUUCUUCCUGAGGACAAGGCGACUCUCCCAGCAGGAAAUUAGCUACUUCCAGUUUCCUGGUGAGUUACUGAUGAGGAUGCUGAAAAUGCUCAUUCUCCCUCUGGUUGUCUCAAGCUUGAUGUCUGGGCUGGCAGCCCUGGAUGCCAAGACUUCCAGUCGCUUGGGAAUCAUAACUGUCACUUACUACCUGUGGACAACCUUUGUGGCUGUGGUUGUGGGAAUAAUUAUGGUGUCCAUUAUCCACCCUGGUGGAGCAGCACAGAAGGAGAGCACUGAGGAGGGUGGAAAGCCCAUCAUGAGCUCUGCAGAUGCACUGCUGGACUUAAUCCGGAACAUGUUUCCAGCCAAUCUUGUUGAGGCCACAUUCAAGCAGUAUCGCACCAGGAGUAUUCCCAUCAUUAAAUCGAACAGAGCGGCACCCGAGAGCAGCACCCGCCGCAUCAUCGUCUACGGCGUGCAGGACGAGAACGGCUCCAACGUCCAGAACUUUGCCUUGGAUAUCACCCCCCCUCCUGAAGUGAUUUACAAAUCAGAGCCAGGUGCCAGUGAUGGCAUGAAUGUACUUGGGAUUGUGAUAUUCUCUGCCACGAUGGGUAUAAUGUUGGGAAGAAUGGGGAACAGCGGCGUCCCUUUGGUCAGCUUUUGCCAGUGUUUGAACGAAUCUGUCAUGAAGAUAGUGGCAGUUGCUGUUUGGUAUUUUCCAUUUGGAAUUGUGUUCCUAAUAGCUGGCAAAAUCUUAGAAAUGGAUGACCCCUCAGCCAUUGGGAAGAAGCUGGGUUUCUAUGCCAUUACGGUGGUGUGCGGCCUGGUGGUGCACGGGCUCUUCAUCCUGCCAAUGAUGUACUUCUUCAUCACCAAGAAGAAUCCCAUUGUCUUCAUCAGAGGGAUCCUUCAAGCCUUGCUCAUUGCUCUGGCCACAUCCUCCAGCUCAGCCACUCUGCCUAUCACUUUCAAGUGCUUGCUGGAGAACAACCACGUGGACAGGAGGAUCGCGCGCUUCGUGCUGCCCGUGGGAGCCACCAUCAACAUGGACGGGACGGCGCUGUACGAGGCCGUGGCCGCCAUCUUCAUCGCCCAAGUCAACAACUACGAGCUGGACUUUGGGCAGAUCAUCACCAUAAGUAUCACAGCAACAGCUGCCAGCAUAGGUGCUGCAGGCAUCCCACAAGCUGGCCUGGUGACAAUGGUGAUUGUUCUCACCUCGGUGGGGCUCCCAACAGAUGACAUCACGUUAAUUAUUGCCGUCGACUGGGCACUAGACAGGUUUAGAACGAUGAUCAAUGUCCUGGGGGACGCGCUGGCUGCUGGGAUCAUGGCCCACAUCUGCCGGAAGGAGUUCAUCAAGGAUGGUGACGAGAUUGUGGCUUACCAGAGGAAUGGCUGUGUGAAGACCAUGAAUGAAUCUCGUGGACCAGAAACAGUGAAAGAGCUGCAGCACCAUAUACCCAUACAAGUGGAGCAAGAAGAAACUCCAGUGGAGAAUCACACUAAGAAAUCCAACAGUAAAGACCACUGCACUAUUGAAAUAAAUGAACUAGAAACAAAUGUGUGA